UUUACAAAAUUUAUUGUUAUUAAAGAAUAAAAUGUUGAAAACUAAUCGUUUAUAUUUUCAGAUAGCCAAGAAAUUGUUUAAAAUUGAUCAGAUUCGCUAUAUAAAUGCUACUGUAAAACCUUUAGAAAAUGUCAAAUCCGAAUUAAUAUUAACUGAAAGAUGUGCCCAGAGACUAAAUAAUAUAACUAAAGAGAGUCCCAAAACGUUUUUGAGAGUGUCUGUAGAAGGAGGAGGAUGCUCAGGGUUUCAAUAUAAAUUUGAUCUUGACACAAAGUUGAAUGAAGACGAUAAGAUAUUCAAGAAAAAUGGGGCUCAAGUUGUGAUAGACGAGACAUCUUUAGAGUAUGUGAAAGGAUCAACAAUAGAUUACCAAGAAGAAUUAAUAAGGUCUUCUUUUAAAGUAUUAAACAAUCCUUUAGCUGAACAAGGAUGCUCAUGUGGAGCAUCAUUUGCUGUAAAAUUAGAUUAAAAUAGAAGACAUAUAAAAUAUUACUAUAAAAUCCUGUAUAUAAUUGAUCUAGUUUAAUGUUAAGCAUGUAUAUUUUUUCUGUAAUGACUUAAAACCAAAAAUUUAUAUAGAUUAUAUUUAUUUAA